AUGUUAGUCUUAUUAUUGAUUCUUAUUAUUCCAUAUGCAUUAUGUGUGCCGGAUCCGACGUUACCAAAUGCAACUGUUUUAGAAAUUCAAAAUAUAAAUAAACUUGAAUUUUCUCGUGAAGAAGUAGUAUUAGGUCUAACAGCUACUUUUACUUUUAUAAUAUCCAACUUAGAUUAUGCGCUAAAUGAAUUACAUAUUGAAUCUUAUUAUUAUUCAAUAACAUUCGUUGGUGAAGAAUAUCAUGAGGAACGAACACCAUUAGAAAUUAUACCAUCAAAUACUAAUGAAACAGAAUAUCAUGGUGUAUUGAAAAUGAAGAAUUUAGAAGAAGAAGGAAAUUAUUUAAUAUGCGUUAUUUUUAUGAAUACAACAGCACAAUUAAUUGUUUCAAGUCGUUUUUGUCAUGUUGUAUCCCUUUCACAUGACUGUAAACUAGAAGCAGCGGACGGAACAUUUGAUAAUCAACAUAUUUAUGUCUUAUUACCAUUCGUUGCUUUUAUGUUACUUCUUGUUGUUAUAAUUACACGUAUAAAACGUUUUGUUAAGCGACCACGUACAAUUGAAGCUAUACUCGAAACAUUACCACAACAUCAUGCACAACGUUUAGAAAGUCUUGCUCCUGAUGCUGACGCUAGACGACGACGACGCACACAACAAGAUAUCAACGAUCAUAUACGACAGGAUUCAGUAAUCGAAAUUCAAGGUAAUCUGGGUGGUGAUGAAAAUUUUACAAUGUAUUAUAAUACCGAUAAUACAUCGUUAGAAACUAUACAAGAAUGA